UUUAGCACUUUGACGCCCCUGAUAUUCUCCGGAAUCCUUUAUGCUAGCAAUGGAAAAUAUCCAGUUGCAUACAUUGAUGCGCUGUACAAUUCAAUCAGCGCGAUGACCGUGUGCGGUCUCGCGACUGUGAACUUGAGCCAGCUUACCGCUUGGCAGCAAGUGUUGUUGUUCAUCCAGAUGUGUAUUGGAAACCCAGUCAUUGUGUCGUGGGUGAUGGUGUACACCAGGAGGUACUACUUUGCUAAGACAUUCGAUCAUAUUAUCGGAGCAGAGGCUGCCCGACAGGCCGCGAUCAAGGCAAAGCAGCAACUUGCCACUGCGUCUGCAAAGAAUCCUGUCGACAGCAAAGAUGGAUGGUCCCGCCGCAUCUUCCGAAGGAAGACCAACCCUAGUACGGUACCGGAGGAUUCUGCUAGUGGCUAUGCUCAAACGACACCGAAGGACAGCACAAGGAGAUUGAGACCCGAUAUGAUCAGGCGCAUGGAUGGUCAACCUAAAUUGGUCAACCCGAGCGGACGGAUCACAGAAAGCGAAGAUCAAGGGCCCUUUCCUCGUCAACUUGAGUUGGAAAAUGAUAUCGAGAUCAAGAACCUACAUGUAGAUACUGUCAAUAUGGGGCCUGCAGAUCAAAAAAAUACCUCUGGGCACGCACGUCGUCUUUCUGAUUCAGGAACUCUGCAGGAACUCCCAAGUUGCGUGCCUGAAGCGGGUGAGGGUGCUGUAACGUCUGCAUCGACUGGAAUGCCACGGACAGCAACUAUCGACUUUGCACCCACUGUUUCUCGUUCUCAUCCCCCCCUCUUUCCUGUCGGUAGCCGAACUGGUCGCUCGGAUGCGGCCGAAAUCUCAUCAGAUAUUUCAGUUUCAGGGUUCUCUGGUCCCCGUCGUCGCCGCCGCCGUUCUUCCGUAGUCCCCCAACAUUCGCGCGUGCCAUUAGCACAGCACCCAACCAUUCAAACACAUCGAUCUAGGCGCACAUCAAAUUCGUAUCAUGUCGACCAAUCACAGGAGCAGAUGCUACGAGGGUUCGGGGGUUUUCCCAUGCCCCACGAGCUGUUGGGGAUGUUGUUUGGUUGGCUGUUUCCCAAUACCACGAAUAGACUGAAGAGAACUGUGACGAUUCCUAUUACUACUACACUGACGGGCGGUGGGCUGGGACGGACUAUGAGUAUCCCUGGGAGGCCAACACACGGCGGAAGCGUUAGCGCUAAGGAGGGUACGAAGCCUGUAACGUAUAUUUCGUUCGAUGCCGUCGUCGGGCGGAAUUCUGCGUUUCAUUUUUCGACCAACGAACAGCUUGAGGAAUUGGGUGGAGUUGAAUAUCGGGCACUGAAUGUCCUGCUAUGGUUAGUUGCAUCUUAUCAUAUAGUCGUCCAACUAGUUUCCUUCGUGGUGAUUGCUCCUUACAUGUCACUGCCAAAGUGGGCGAGCGAUUUCGUACCUCCUGCCCAAUUUAAAAUAAUUACGGUUCCUUGGUUUUCAUUGUUCCAAGUCGUAUCGGCGUACACAAAUGCCGGAACUUCUCUUGUCGACCAGAGCAUGGUGCCCUUCCAGACAGCUUAUCCAAUGAUCUUCUUUAUGAUAUUUUGUAUCUUGGCUGGCAACACUGCAUUUCCUGUACUGCUCCGGUUUCUCAUCUGGAUCAUCACGAAACUCGUACCGAGGGAUUCUCGACUGAAUGAAACGCUGCAUUUCCUCCUGGACCAUCCUCGCCGAUGCUUUUUUUAUCUUUUCCCUUCGUACCAAACUUGGUUUCUCCUUACAAUUCUGGUCGUCAUGAACUUUACAGACUGGUUCUGCUUUUUGGUCCUUGAUAUUGGUAACCCUGAUAUCGAUUCCAUACCUUUAGGAACGAGAGUUGUCGCUGGAUUAUAUCAGGCUAUUGCUGUUCGUGCUGCGGGGUUUGGAAUAGUUCCGCUUGCCAGAGUAGCUCCUGCUGUCAAGGUCAUAUAUGUUAUCAUGAUGUAUGUUAGUGUAUACCCUAUUGCACUAAGUGUCCGCUCGACAAACGUCUACGAAGAGCAAUCCCUGGGUAUAUACAAGGAUGAUGAUGAUUCAGAGGAUGAAAAUGCCUUUUCAACUGCAGGCCCGAGGAUGACGGUAUGGUCUCGAUACUUGGCCAUGCAUGCACGUCGACAACUGGCAUUUGACAUGUGGUGGUUGUGUCUCGCACUGGUGUUGAUCUGUGUCAUAGAGCGCGGAAACUUGGACAACACCGAGAUACAGGGCUGGUUCAAUAUCUUUACUAUCAUUUUUGAAUUAGUCUCAGCGUACGGCACUGUUGGUCUCAGUCUUGGGAUACCUACCGAAAAUUACUCAUUUUCCGGUGCCUUGAAGCCUCUUUCAAAACUUAUACUAUGCCUGGUCAUGCUUCGCGGGCGACAUCGUGGUCUCCCGGUGGCCAUCGACCGUGCUAUCAUGCUCCCUGAUUUUGAAAAGACGAAGGACGAGCCGCCCGUCCCUGUCACGGAUGAUAACAGACAAGCAAGCCCACACGGCGAAUCUCUGCACACGCGCGAGCCCCUUUCGCAAGAGGACGGUCUGGCUUCCAGCAACCAGGAUCUAGAUUAGUUCGAGGGAUGGUUGACGGAAGAUGGGAAACGGAGUGGCAGCUAGUAUGCACACAACGUGGGGUCGCAUGUGCACUCUGGCAUCUAGUAUGAACUUAUACUUCGUGGCAGUCGCGUCAUGGUGACGAGCUGACGUUGCCUUCUACUACCCUGAUCUAUUAGACAAAUGGCACGGUGGCACGUAGACCUAAUGAGCGACUACAGGACGUUAACGAGUGUAUUCGUCUGCAUUAUCUUUCGAGGAGAACUCUGACUC